GUAUAAAAAGGCGUAAAGUAAAUUAUCCAAUCAUUAUUCAAUUAGUAUCACAACAAAACAACAAUGGCAUUCAAAGCUAUCAUCCUCUGCGCUUCCGCACUCUUCGUCCAGGCUGCCGUUAGCCAGUGCUUGGGUCGCAUCGCUGGUCCCUUGGCCGCUCGUCCUGCUCUGGCGCUCGACGGUCUGGGUUAUGACGCUUGGGGCUACGAUGGCCUCACUGGCUGGAACGCCGGCCGUCUCGGAUGCGGUGCCUACGGACCCGCCAUCGCUCCCGCCGUAGACAUCGCCGCUGCCAGCACUCUCAACGCUGCCUACGGUGGUGGUCUGCCCGUCGCCACUGCCUCCCCCGCUGCCCCCACCGGCCUCGCUGUUGCCUCUGAGAACGUGUACGAGGGUGCUGUCGCCGUGGCCGGUAACCUGCCGUUCCUUGGCACCGUCGCUAUGGAGGGUGUGUUCCCGACCGCCGGCGCCGGCGCUGUGUCCUACGGUUGUGGUGACGGUGCCGUUGCCAUUACCGCCGAGGGUCCCAUUGCUGGUCCCGCUGCCAUCGCUCCCGCUGUGGCUCCGCUCGGACUCGCUCCUGCUGCUGCUAUUGCUCCCGCCAUGGCUCCUCUCGGUCUUGCCGCCACUGCUCCCUUUGGCGUCCGUGGUUGCGGAUGUGGUGGUCCCUACCUCUACUAGAAAACUCCAGUUAUUCUGAAAUAAAUAAGAUGUUAGCAUAAA